AUGGAGUCCAUAUCGUCGACAGCGAGGACUGAAUUCUUCCAGGAGGUAGGUGAACGUUUGUGCCGCUUUUACACAGUCGGCCCUCUCGGGACACGCCCCGCUAAAUCUCUGUUGCAGCUUAAGCCGCGCUGUGUCGCCAUCAACGACUUGGCCGUGCGCUCCCAGGACAAGCGAGCCGUAGCUAAGCAGCUCAUUGCCGUGACUGAGGAGGUCUCGGAUGCCCUCGAACGCCAGGUCAAGAAGGACGCCUCCAUCUUGGAUGAGAAGCUUGCCGGCUACAUAUUCUUCCCUCUUUCAAACAUCUUGCGCUACCAGCAGCAAUUCCCUGUCCGUCUGACGGAGCUCACGAUCAAAUGUCUGCGAAUCCUCAUUGAGUUUGGCUGGAAGAGCAAGAUUGAGCCCGACUUGUCCCAACAGCUGCUCAUAUUCCUAACCUAUGUCAUUGGGGGUGUACCGGGCGAGACCAGGAAGGAGGCCAUUCCCGAAGAGACCACGAUUGAGAGUCUUCGAGCACUUGCAUCACUGAUAGCAGCCACCGGCUCUUCGACCGCUGGCUCAAAAAGCCUCGUCGAAGACAAAAAUCUUCCUACAAUAGGCCACACAAUCUCGGUCAUAUUGGAUACCGUGAACAAGGGGGAAACCGCCGAAGUCCAGCUUGAAGCACUCCAUGUUGUGGACGCUGUAUUUACAGCAAUCAAACAACCUGCUAUACUGGCCAGCUUCCUGCCGGGAAUAGUCUCUUCACUUACAAAGUUAUUGAGUCCGCCUCCAGCAUGGAAGACGCCUCGAAAAGUACUCGUAAAGGGCAUUGCCGCGCUCAAAUCUGUUCUUGUCAACGUCUUGGCGGACAUCAAGGUAACAAAGCUACUUAAAGAAAUCACCGAUUCCAAGGACGGGAAGUCAAAGGACGAGAAGGACUCAGCCGUCGAUAACCAAAUCUUCACAGCACCCUGGCUGAAAGCUACAGCGUCACAAAUCAAAAUUGCGCUCGCAAGUAUUCUCAAGUUGCGGACGCACAAAUCCGAGGAUGUUCAGACUGCUCUUGAGAGGCUGUGCAUUGGCCUACUUGACGAGUGCCGCCAGUCGCUCUCGAUCUGUACAGCUAUACUUGUAGAAACAGCAAUGGUUCUGUCUGCAGAGGAGGAGAACCAUUCGCUCAUACAGGCUGGCUUGAACACGAGCUUGGUGGAUCUAACGAGCAUAUAUCCCGAGCUUAUAGAUGUGGUCAAAACGACUGUCUAUAACUUUGUCACAAGCCUACCACGGAUUAUGCAGUCGAGUGAUGAAAAUGUCAAGCAGCAAGCAAUCCGGAAUCUACUCAAGGGACAACGCCUUUUGAGCACGCUGCGUAUAGAUUCGUCGACUUUGAACGAUACCAUGGCUGCUUCCUUGCGCGAUAGUGUAUCCACUCUCUUGUCCUCGGGUGUCAAGUCCAACGUUGCAGAGUUGUCAUCCACAGACCUUGUGCUCAGUAGCGGAGAUCUCGCUGCGACGGCUCAGUCGACUCAAUUCCAACCAUUCCUGAUGAACCACAGUGUCCAAAAGUCCACCCGCAAUGAGCUUUUGACUCUAAUAGCAAAAAGUGGUACAUUUGCUCAACAUGCUACACUAGCAAGAGACAUGAUUGAAUAUUUGAGAGAAUCUACCGGAAAUUCACAAGUUGCAUCGUACUGGCUCUCAUUUGAACUCGUCAAGGCUGGUUUGGCUUCAUCGUCGGAACUGGACGAGUUCCUUGACUUUGGAUCCGCGGACACGAAUGAAGAUCACGAAGAACUCCUCCAGGAGUUAUAUAUUUUCUCGGUUGAACUUCUCAACUCAGACGAGGAUGCAGAGGUGCUGGACUGGAGAUUGCAAUCAUUGGCGCUGGAAGUGGCUGCAUAUACAGCAUCGAGGAUGAAGGCCGACUUUCGCCCAGAGCUGAUUGACGUACUGUAUCCCAUAUCGACGAAUUUGGGCUCCUUAGUUCCGCAGCUGCGCGAGCAUGCCAUCAUAGCUCUUAACAGCAUAGCUAUGUCAUGCGGCUAUGCCAAUGUUGCGGACUUGGUCAUCGAAAAUGUCGACUAUAUGCUAAACUCGGUUUCGUUGCGGCUCAACACCUUUGAUAUUUCACCAGCCUCCACACAAGUUCUCCGUAUGAUGAUCAGACUCACGGGCCCGAGACUGAUACCGUACCUUGAUGACGUGGUCGCUUCGAUUUUCGGUGCCCUGGAAAACUACCACGGCUAUCCGCUCUUUGUUGAGAACUUAUUCGCUGUACUUGCAGAAGUGGUUAAUCAGGGUGCCAAAUCUAACCAACUGCUAUUGGAGGAUGAUUCAAGAUCCACUACAGAUCACCAAAAACAUCCCCGGCAAAUGGUCAAGAUUGAAGAUAUCGUUAAGGAUCUGAGCAGACGCUCGGAUAGGAAGAAGAGAAGGCUUAAUGAAAAUGAUGAAAUUGAAACAAUCAAUCAUCCAGAGAAACCUUGGAAACGUGGAAAGACUGGAGAAGAAUCUCCCGAGGAUGAUGAAGAGGAGCCAAGUCAGGAUGUCGAGAAAAAGCCACCUACGACAACAACGUACACCCUGCUCACACGGAUCACCAGCCUCACGCAACACUAUCUUACCUCGCCAACGCCUUCUCUCCGAAAAUCUCUCUUGGAUCUGCUCGCCAUGGUUUGCCCAGCUUUGUCACCGGACGAGGAGACGUUUUUGCCAGUUGUCAAUUCCAUAUGGCCUGUGCUACUAGAGCGCCUCUACGAUCAAGAGUCAUUUGUUGUCACAUCGGCCUGCAAAGCGUUGAGUGCACUUUGUGCCAGCGCAGGCGACUUUCUCAGCUCCCGCGUCGAGACGACUUGGUCAGAUGGCCUGAGGAAAUGGAUCGCAAAGAGAAAAAGCCUGGCCUUGGGAAACUCGUCAACGUCGAAAAGGAGAAUGGUCGACUCCAAGCAAAGGAUCAUCAACACGAACGCAUCAUCAGACCUCGUAAUGCCCAUUAGAUCAGCGGGUGGACUAGAAGCCAAGGAGCCACUGAAACCUCUUGAUCUCAGUAGCACGACCCCGACCAAGGGCGCUGUAGUGGGAGGAGGUCUCGGUGAGUUCACACAAGCUCGGCAAAUUUGGGAAGCAGUUCAGGAGCUACUCGUUGCAAUUGUCUCAUUCGUUCGCAUUGACGAUGAUAUGUUUGAUGAUAUACUCGCGCUUUUCGGUGGCGACGGUCUCGCACGUAACCAGGAGGCCAAGAAGGCGCUUGAGGCUGUGAACGAGGAUGCCGUCUGGCUGGUAUUGUAUGAGGAGGGCCGAGUAGAUUUGUUAAACCAACCCGAGAAUGCUACGGAAGUAGAGUUUGUAGAGUUGUGUAGACCCAACUCACAAUCUAUCGCUGCCGGAUAG